AUGGUUGUAUUGGAUGGCAUAAAAUAUAUUCAUUCGCAGCAUCAUUCUGACGAUUGGACCUACACUUAUGCCAACCCUACCUUACCCUUAGUGGCCUGUGGUGUUUGGGCUGUGAUUGUAAGUGUGGUUAAUACUAUUUUUAUAAUUAGCAAAGUAAAAAACGGGGGUAUACAUUUUUUCUUAAAGAAAAUUUUUUGAUUUUUACCUACAUACCUUAUCCUACCCUACAUUACUCUACCCUACUCUAAUCUACCCUACCCUCCUACCCUACCUUACCCUACUUUACCCUACCGUAUCCUACCCUACCCUCCUACCCUACCUUACCCUGCACUACCUUACGCUACAAAUACAAUCUUAGGUAAUGAUUACCACAAUAUUAACCACCAUGAUCCGUAUGGGACGUUUCGACCAACAAAUCUUGAACUCAAAACACUUCCAGAAGAUGUUCAACAUGAUCGACUUCACAGCUAUGGAAAAGGAAGUAGACGGCGAAUGGCUGGAGGAGCUCUUACCUUUGGAGUAAGCGUUCCUUUUCUAUUUUUACCUACCCUGCCCUUUAAUAAUUUAUUUUAAUUUUAAAAGGCUUUUUUAUCUAAAAAUGAUCUUUUAGCUCAUAUUAAAUCAACAUAAAAGUUUUGUCGCCAAUUUACAUGGCUUUUGAACGUAAAAAACGACAAAACUUUUUUAAACAAAAUUUUUGAAACUUUUUGAAAAGUUUCGAAUUCCUGUUAAUCAAACGUCAAUUUUCAGUAACAAAGUGACCAAAAUUCAAAUGCCAGCGUCACCAGGUGCGACCCCAACGAAGAAACCUGGAAAGUGA